AGCAAUUGUUCUAGGUGACUGCUCAAUCCUGGUGGUGGUAUCCCGAAUCUGAGUGUGGUGUUUGUGCGAACGAUUCAAACUCAAAGUGAUUUCUUUUGUUUUUGGACUUUGCAGAUUAUUUCGAACCUGUAGGACUGAUUGAAGAAAACCGAGUGAAGUUUGAGUGAGAUUCCAGAGAUUGCAAAAGAAACUUGAAAACGACGAAAACUAGCAAAAUGAUGAAGUUUUUGGGUCUCUCACUAUGCCUGGCACUGACCAUCGUAGAUCAGACGCUAGCACAGAACAACCAGUACCUACCUCCAGACAAGGGAUAUGCCUACGACAAGCCCAACCAGCCGUUCCCAUCUGCCCAGCAACCACAGCAGGUUCCAUUCCCGCGACCACCUGCACCAGCUCCUUCCUAUGGACCCCCACCAGCGGCUGGUGGUGAUCACGUCCACGAACCGGGCAUGCCGUUCGAUUUCAACUACAAUGUGAACGACAUUGAUACCGGAAACGACUACUCGCACAACGCGGUCAGCGAUGGGGAUGUGACCCGCGGUGAGUACCGCGUCCAGCUGCCCGACGGACGGACCCAGAUUGUGCGUUACACCGCCGACUGGAAGAACGGCUACAACGCGGAGGUGACGUACGAAGGUGAAGCCAAAUACCCAGAAGGCCCAGGUCAGGGCGGUGCCAACUCCGGUGGAUACAAGUACUAAGUUUAGUACCCCUACCAACAAUCGAUCCAGCACCCUCCCAAGAGUGUUUCGGAAACCCUCCACACGUGAUUAGCCGAGAACUCUCAUGACAAAAUUUCGUUUUUCCUCCACGUAUCGAUCACUUGUAGAUACUACGUGUAAGGGCAACAAAAAAUCCCUCACAUCAACUCAACUCACGAUGACACAUCGAACGAACGAACCAUGUUCUCCCAUUUAGUUCUUAUAUAAAACCAUGUAAGAUCGUACACCGCUAAGUGCACCUUAAUUGCCCCGAAGAAGGAAAAACCAACGAAACGCUUGCAUAGUUUCGUUGCCCAAUUAAUCAUCAUCAUCAUCUUCGAUGCCAGUAUGGAGCGAAACGCGACAAGAAACGAGAAUAAUCCGCGCACCACAAAAUUAAUGACCUGAAAAAUUAGCCGGAUAAGCGCAUACCCUUAGCCACAACUACCCUUUCGGACUGCUUCAGCACCAUCACCGUUCGUAGCACAUAAAUAUAUUCGCGCGUUUAUUUAUAAUUGUAACCUGUACAUGUUUCUCAGAAUAGUCAUAAAUUUAGUGGACCAAUGCAAAUGGUCCAGUGUUUAAUUUUGCUAUUCUCCCCCCGUAACUCAAGUGAUACUAGCUGAACAUAAACUACAUUCCCCCGUGCACAACGAUUAGACCCAUCCACAGCGACACGACAAAUGUUUAAACCAUUAUAGUACGUUCCUCUCGCGAAAAUGAAUAGAAGAAAUAAUCAUGUUUGGUCAAUAGGGGCAAAAAACGAAGACCCACAUCUGCAAGCGGAGCGAGACGGGGAGUAUGUCACAUUAAGUCUAAUUAAUUUUACGAUUAUUACCCCAUGCAACAACGGACACACAUAGAACUCCGUAGACGUUCGGAAAGAGCGCUCGUUAAGAAUUUCAAACAUGACACAGGUGAUUUUCGAAAUCGUAAAAUGCACUGCUCCUCCCCCUUUGGAUCGCUUUUCCGCCUGUAGAAUGUACUUGUCUUCGCAGAGUCCCACACUCACACGUUUACGACAUUAGCAGGCAUUUCGUUUUGAGAGAUAAAGUAGUAAAGAUAGCGGGUGGAAAUUUAAGAUGCAAAACUGCCAUGCGAGAGUUGGGCAAGUCUUCCAAAUUAAAAUGAUGGUCUUAAGCGGCGAGUACGGAUGAGGAAAGAACUUUGGAACUGCCAGUUGAUUAUAUGUAUACAAAUUUACGCCACGCAAAAUAAUGACGAAAAGUGAGAAAAAUUAUAAAAAUAUAAAAA